ACCCCUUCGACCUUCCCCCCCAUCACCUCUGAUUCCUUCCAUCCAUACCAACUCUGAUAGAUACCCACCGACCUAUAACCAACCAAAAACCGCCCAGAAUGCCUCUCACCAACCGCCAACUAAUCUACACCAACCCGCCGAAGGCCGCCAUCGACCCCUCGCUCAGCGGCAACGGCACCUUCACCCUGAAGACAGCGACCAUCCCGGACGAUGCACCCCUGAAGGACAACCAAGUGCUCGUGCGCAUCCACUACCUGGCGCUGGAGCCCGCGAUGCGCCAAUGGCUGACGGCCAAACGGUCGUACAUCGCGCCCGUGGAGGUCGGCAGCGUGAUGCGGGGGCAGAGCAUCGCCCAGAUCCUGCGGGUCAGCGCAGCGCUGGCAGGCACCUACAAAGUCGGGGAGUGGGUGGCGGCGCACUCCGGGUGGCAGGAGUACGCGAUCCUGCCCGCGAAGGCGAUCGAGAAGAUCACCAUCCCGCCCGGGUGCCAGCCCACGGACGCGCUGUCUGUGCUGGGCAUGACGGGGCUGACGGCGUACUUCGGCAUGACCGAGGUCGGCCAGCCGCGACGGGGCGAUACGGUCGUCGUGUCGGGUGCGGCGGGCGCCACGGGCAUGGUCGCGGGUCAGAUCGCGCGCAUCCAGGGCGCGAAGCGCGUGGUCGGCAUCGCCGGCAGCGCGGACAAGUGUCGGUUCCUGCGCGAGGAGCUGGGCUUCGAUGCCGCCAUCAACUACCGCGACGCGGACUGGCGCAAGCAGCUCAAGGAGGCUACCCCGGAUUACAUCGAUGUGUACUAUGACAAUGUCGGCGGCGAGAUCCUGGAUGCGUGUCUAUUCCGCGCGGCCAAGGGGGCGCGCUUUGUCAUCUGCGGCGCCAUUAGCCAGUAUAAUGUCGAGAAGCCCCAGGGGCCGAAGAAUUAUCUGAUGGUCAUUUCGCAACGGAUCACCAUGCGUGGGUUCAUUGUGUUUGACUAUGCCGACAAGUACGAGGCUGCGCUGAGGGAGCUGGGCACGUGGUUGGGUCAGGGGAAGAUCAAGCGGAAGGAGCACAUUGUGAAGGGCGGGUUGGAGACAACGCCCCAGGAGUUGAUCAAUCUAUUCAAGGGAGUGAAUACGGGUAAGAUGAUGGUGGAGGUGGUGCCUGAGAGCGAGGCGAUCAAGGCGGACAAGGCUAAGUUGUAAGCUGAGGAGUUGCAUCACGGUGACUAGAAGCAGACAUAUCUAGAAUAUCACAGACAAU